AUGUCGAAUUUACCGACAACUUUUCUAACGCAUUCUCAAAGAGUUUGUCGUUUAUAUAAACAAUUAUUUGCACUUGCUCGUCGUGAAGAAUGGCCAAACAGACUGACUUACCGUCAACGUAUGGUCGAGUAUCGAGCUCGACUUGAUGCUAAUAAAAAUGUUCAAGAUUUAAUGAAAGCAAAACGAUUAUUAAUUGCUGGAGAAGAAGAAUUGAAAAAAGCCAUGUAUUGGCAUACAGAAAAUUUCAAUUUUCCUGAAUCUCCUAAUGGUAUUGCUGAUAGUCGAUUUCCAACACCAGAUGAUGCUGCACUUGAUGCAUGGCAUCCAAUGGAAAAAGCUCAAUAUCCAACAUAUUUUGCAACGCGUGAAAAACGAAAGAAAGCUUAUAUGGAAUGGUAUCUUAAACGAUAUGGAAUACCUGAUCCUCCUAUGAUGUGA